AUUGAACAGCGAUAUAAAAAUGAACAAUCAUGCUGGGCGUGCAGAGGUGAUCCAAUCAAGGGCUUUAAUAAUGGGAGCUAGUUUCCGGUCCCCUCAUAUUAAGGGGGGGGGGGGAAACAGUCUUAAAAUCCCUAGUUGCUCUGACUGGAUGUGGAAGUGGGACUUGGAUGAAUCAUCAAUUUCCUGCUAACAGGCCAUACUAUGUCUGAAGUUACUAGGACUACUACUUGCAAACGUACAGUGCAUGUUAUGUACGUGUGUACUGGGGUUCAAGCACCCUGAUGUUGUUGGAUACACUGAUAGGUUUUGGAAAGUAGCUUUCUACAAGAUUAUGCACAAAUUAUUUCACCACUUGGACUCCUAAAAUGGCUGACAUUGAUGAGAAUGUGUUCUUUCGCCAGGCUGACGUUUCAGUUUCCAAAAAGAAACUGGCAAAGUCCGUACUCAAGAGGUCUUCAAAAUAUCGCUUGUCGACUCGUCAUCAUCGCCGGGGAGGUUUGAAGAAACAUUUGAAGGCACCGACAUAUGAAGAAUGCCAGGCAAAGCACAACCCAUCAUGGAUCCGAAACCACAUCUGCAUGAGGGAAUGUAUCCAGUUCACUCCGGCUCCUGUCGAUCCGGAAAGGCCGGACCCACAUCCAGAUGAUCCCAAAUGCCAGUGUGGUAAUCGCAAGUCAGACCACGAUGACCGCUUCUGCCAAAACCCUGACACUAAGGCAAAGUGGAAGGUGGAGACCCACACCCACACCUGUACCACCAACGCCUUCGGGGAGAUUGAGUUCAUUGGAGCUGCUGGGGCUGGGCUGGGGCUCAAGCCCAGAAAGUAUGUGCGAGUGGACCACAACAUCCACCCAAAUCACCUGAUGCAACUACUGAACACUCAGUGGAAUCUAGGCACUCCUAAGCUCCUCAUCUCAGUCACGGGAGGGGCCAGAAACUUCCACAUGAAUACAGAACUCGAGAAUGUCUUCCGAAAAGGCUUGAUCAAGGCUGCUCUAAGCACUGGUACCUGGAUCAUCACCGGCGGUACUGACGUUGGCGUCAUGAAGUACGUCGGUGAUGCCAUCAAGGAUUAUGCCCUAGUUAGUGGCAUCACGGGACGGUCCGUGGUUGCCAUUGGCGUUGCCUCGUGGGGUGUUAUAGAACAAAGAGAGAAGCUUAUAGCUGAAGAGGGUUGUUUUCCGGCCUACUACCGAGUAGACGCCGAGGACCAAAAAGGGGUGCUCCUAGACCCAAACCACACCCACUUCAUCCUGGCAGAUGAUGGGACCGUGGGAGAGUUUGGAGUGAACAUCAAAUUCAGGGCCAGGAUGGAGAGAGAAAUCUCGGAGCAGGUGUACAGAAACACAAAUGUGUCUCUGCCAGUGGUGUGCCUGAUGGUAGAGGGAGGCCCCAACACCCUAGCCACCGUCUAUGAAGCCAUCAUGAACGGCACGCCGGCUGUCAUCAUCGCUGGAUCGGGAAGAGCUGCAGACAUUCUGGCGUUUGCCUUCCAGAGGGCGCCAGAGAUAGAAAGGACUGUUAAGGACAGUGCAGGAAAUUACAGGAAAGAGAAAGAGACCAUGAUCAGUGAUUCGUUGAUGGUGCGGCUGGCCGACAUGUUUCGUGAGGAGUUUGGUGAGAAGGAGUUGGACAUUCAACUGAAUCGCAUCAAGGAGAUGCUGAUGAGAAGGCAUCUUGUGACUGUCUAUGAGCUGGGAACCGGGGACAUCGAUGGUGCCAUCCUACAUGCUCUCCUCACAGGCAACAGAGGCAGCAUUCAAGAUCGCUUGCAGCUAGCUCAGAUAUGGAACAGAGUGGACGUGGCCAAGCGAGAAAUCUUCACUGAGGACUGGGAAUGGAAGAAAGGCGAGUUAGACGACGCCCUUCACUAUGCCCUGGUCAACAAUCAGACAGACUUUGUCAAACUCUUCAUGGAGAACGGAGUCAGCUUGAAAGAUUACCUGACGGUCAGAGAACUCACCCACCUCUAUAAUGAGGUUGAGAAGAACACUUUACUGUAUGAACAGCUCGACAAACACAGGGGCAAGUCUUCGAGGAAGUUCACCUUGAUUGACGUCGGUGGAGUGAUCCAGGAACUGACCACAGACACCAAUGUGCCCUUGUAUCUCCAUCACAAGGACAAGUUCAUGCUGCCGGAGAGCGAUUUUUGCAGUCCAGCGAGGGAGCUCUUCCUGUAUGCAAUUUUGCAGAAUCGGGUCGAGAUGGCGCGCAUGUUCUGGGAAGAAGGCAAGGAGGCCAUACCUAGCGCCCUGACUGCAAGCAAGAUAUUGACAUCAUUAGCAGCCAAGGAAUCCCAUCCUGACCAUAGUGUUGCCAUGAAGUCGCACGCUGCGAGUUAUGAAGAAUUGGCCUUGGGUGUUCUGAACGAAUGUUACAACGAUGACAAAGACUUGACUGCCCUCCUGCUAGUCAUGGAGCAAGAGAAUUGGGGCAAGACCACUAGCCUGAGUCUAGCCAAACAGGGCGACAAUAAGAACUUCAUCGCUCACACAGGAGUCCAGAAUCUACUGACGGAGAUCUGGAGUGGCAAGCUGUCAUACAAGAACAAUUAUUGGCUGCUGUGGGCGUGUACCUUCCUACCUCCCCUGAUUCCUUGCAUCGUCAACUUCAGGGAGGAUGUCAUCUUGAAGUCGAGGAAGAGUGUCGACAAACAGUCAAAAACUCAUGAGAUAGCUGGUAGACAGAACAGGGGACAGAAUGGUGGACAGAACGGGGGACAGAACGACACCUACAAGGAUGUCUUGGAGUUAUCUGCGCUACAAAAUGCUGAGGAAAAUGGAGCCCCGUAUGCCAACAACGUAGAUGGCGUUGAUAAAGCAGAGAAUGAAGACCCAGAUAAGUAUCAGGAGACAGCGGACAUUGACAUCACCAACAGCGGCAAGAAACUGGCCUGGUGGCAACGUUUCUCUCUCUUCUACUGCGCACCUAUCAUCAUCUUUAGACACAACGUGUUGUCUUACUUGGUGUUCUUGCUGUUGUUCAGCUACAUCAUCUUGGCUAAUUUCACGCCUACCAUCUCCAUCUUUGAGAUGGUCCUCAUCGGCUGGGUGGGCUCACUCUACCUGGAGGAGUUACGACAGAUUGUACAAGGUGAGUCCAACAGUUGGCACAGGAAUUUCUGGUUCUGGAUCUCAGAUUACUGGAACAUGGUAGACAUUGCCACCUUGGUCCUCUUUGCUGUCGGGGUAGGUCUGCGAUUCUUUGAUGAUCACCUUGACCACGCUCGCAUCAUCCUAGCGUUGGACUUGGCCAUCUUCUACAUCCGCAUCCUGCAGAUGUUCGCCAUCAGUAAGAAUCUGGGACCCAAGUUGAUCAUGAUUGGUAAAAUGCUGGUUGACCUGGCCUUCUUCGUUGCCAUCCUGUGCGUGUUUCUCAUCGCCUACGGUGUAGCCUCCCAGGCGAUACUCUACCCAAACAGCACAAGCUUCCAAGAGGUCAUUACCGGGGUCUUCUUCAAGGCUUACUUCCAGAUGGACGGAGAGUUGUUCCUGGAAGACAUCGAAGGCAAUAACGGCUGUUCUGAUAACAUCACCUUAAUCGCUGCUGGGGCCCCACGAUGCCCGCAGGAUUCCACAAUCGGUGUCAUCCUACUGGCCAUAUAUAUGAUGCUGAGUAAUGUACUACUCCUGAACCUACUCAUUGCUAUGUUCAGCUACACCUUCUCAGCAGUGCAAGAGAACACCGACGUCUUCUGGCGUUUCCAGCGUUACGACCUGAUCAAGGAGUACUUCAAUCGUCCAGCCCUUGUGCCGCCGUUUAUCAUCAUCGCUCAUAUCUCCUUCCUGGUCCGCUUCCUGAUCAAAAAGUUCUGUGGACGCUGCCUGAGAUUCCACACAGGGAAACUGAAGCAACGUCUCUCGAAGUCGAGAGCCAAGCAGUUAGUUUUGUGGGAAGCCAUGCACAGUAAUCAGUACAUUGCUAAGGAGAAGAUCCGUCUGCAGAGUGACAUCAGUGAACAGGUCCGAACCACUGGGGAGAGGGUUGAGGACAUCCUUGGUAAAAUGGAGGAACUGUUUGCUGGAGAAAAGGCCCUGGAGGAUAGACUCAACAGACAGGAAGAUGAGAUGAAGAGGACCAAUCAGGCAUUAGACUGGAUCGUUGCAUUCCUGAAGGACAAUCAGCUGGGAUCCAAGGAGGGGCCGUCCUCCCUGAAAGAAGUCAAGCCAAGAGAAGAGAGUGACUUUUAUGAGUUUGGCGAGGAACGUGAAGUCCCUACUACUCUGGAGGAGUGUACGCACUUGUAGGAAAUGACUGUGUUCACUAAUUGAGAAAACAGAAAGAAAAUAGUUCAGAAUUAAGACUAGUUAAAUCACACAGCCCAAAAUUUUGAGACACAUCUGAUAAUGCCGGGCUUGUUUUUGCAGAGCAUUUGUUGUCGUGUUUCACUAGUUUGUCAUUUGCACAAUCACCACUAUAAGCAGUGGAGAGCCGUGGCCUCGUGGUCUGGAGCAUUGAAUUCGUGGUCUGCAGGUAAUUCUGCAGGUUGUGGGUUCGAGUCCAGCCUGCGGCUAUGGUGCUCGUACCCUUGGGCAAGGCACUUCUCCCCACCCAGGAGUAAAUGGGUACCUGUGAGGGCCGAGGUGGUAAUUGUGAUUGAUUUCUGCUUUGUGCUGAAAUGGCAGCAUCGAGCUGUAUACUCCCCAGGGAGCUGAGAUUGUCUUUGGAAUGUUUCAUUGGCCCAAUGAGCAGGGUAAUAAUGAUGUAGCGCCUUGAGCACCAAUAAUGGUGGCUGUGUGUGCUUGUAAAUACACAUUAUUAUGAUUAUUAUAAGUGUAAUUAAUCAUGUUUUUUCCUUUUUGUAACCAUUUAUUAUUCCAUUAUACUUCAUAAUUCCUUAUCUUGCAAAUUAACUUUCUAUUCAGUGAAUCAAAGUUCAAUCUUACUUAAUUCCAGUGUGUGCAAUUUGUUUCAUUAUGUUUUGUCAGUUUGGCUGGACCAUUAGUUUGCCUAUUUUUGUUUUAUAUAUUUGGACUGUAUUGUUGUGUAUAUUUUAAAUGCUUUCAUAUUUAAAUAUUUGUGCAAUUUGGCCUGAAGGCCACAAGUUGAAUGAAAAACCAAUAUAAAUAAAUAAAUACGAAGCAUUCCUUCAUUCUAUUUCCAAAAUAUAGUGUUUUGAUUGGUCUUUGCUGCCAAUUUAUAGUUUUCUUGGAGAUUUUGGUCUGGAUUAAAAUUGCCAGUAACAAGUCCAGUCAUUUCUUCCAAAUUAUGUAACAAUGCUUUAUUGAUGGAUUUAGAGUCAAAAAGAGUUGCAUCAUCUGCGUAUAUAGAGAUGCGAAGAGUUGCCUUGUCUGGUAACUGUACCCCAUCAACCUUGUCUAAGCCCACAUUUCAGUGUGAAAACUUCAGACAUAAUUUAUAGCUGUUAUUAAUAACUGUCUCCAAAAUUAAACUUUUUGAGUUUUUUUUAGCAAGAAGCUUAUUCUAAGGUGUCAAAAGGCUUUUCGUAGUCUGAGAAAAGAAAUUGCUUUAUUGGUAUUCAUUUCUUGACUAAAAUUAGUAAUAUCAUCGAUUAACCUAAUACCUUUUUCGAUAGAUCUGCAUUUGAUGUAGCUAGACUGGUCAUUCUUGAUGUCUCCUAUUACACCCGACAGUCAAUUUGCCAAAGCUUUAGCAGCUAUUUGCAAUGUUUAGGAAGCUGAUGGGUCUCCAGUUUUUUUUCAGGACGGUUAGCUCACCUUUUUUUAUACAGAAUUGAUAUUUUUAAAGGUUACAAAAGCACACCAAAGUCUUCCGAAAUAGCCUGAAACACUGCUUUCUGAAAAGAAAGUAACUUUUAAAGAAUAUUUUUAAAAAUAUAUUUUUUAUAUUAUUAGGCAUGAAGGCAUUGCUUAUACCCAUACAUGUAUAUAUUAAUAUUUCUAUCAAACGUUAUAUACAAAUUAUAUACUAUAUAAUUAUAAUUGUAAUUAUUGAAAUGCUUAAUAAUGCCAAUGAAAACAAUAGAGUAAGCUAACAACA